UGGAAUAGGUGAAGGGGACUAAUCAGGUUCUAUUCUCUCUGGUAGGAAAACAAAUCACUAACAUGUGUAUUCUGGGAUGGUGAAAAUGGUAAAGUUGCACAUUGGAAUUCCUCUGGAUGUGUCACUAAGAAACAGGAAAAUUAAACCGUAUGCUCUUGUAACCACCUUUCAUUCUUCGCUGUGCUUAUGUCUCCGGGCAGUGUCUCUAAUGACAAUCUGAGCUCCUCCUCUGUGUGGUUGCUGACGUUGUUGUCCAGGGUGGGCUGUGGAAUAUCCCUCUGUUUCCUGUGUCUGACUCUCCUCAUCCACCUCAGAAGGGGUAAAUCUGCUGAUUCCCUGUGCGUCCACAUCCACCUGUGCGUGGCGUUGUUGUGCCUCAACCUGACCUUCCUCAUCAACGGCAGCCUGGCCUCCCUUGGUGUCCACGGCCUGUGUGUUGCUAUGGCAGCAGCCACCCACUACUCCCUGCUGUGCACCCUCACCUGGUUCUCCCUGGAAGGCUUUCACCUCUACCUGCUCAUCAUCCGGGUCUUCAGCAUCCACGUCAACAGAUACCUCCUCAAACUGUGCCUGGUAGGAUGGGGAAUACCUGGCAUAGUAGUUACCAUAAUUGUCGCUUGUGGCAAAUAUGGAGAAUACAACAAAUACCAGCAAGACGGUGGUGCUGUUAAAAUGUGCUGGUUGACUGACUCUGCUCUGACCACGGUGUCCUUUUCGUACUUUGUGCUGAUAUUCGUGGUGAACAUGCUGUGCUUUGGGUCUGUGACAGUGAAGGUGAUGAGGGCCCACCGUCAGAGUCCUGUCCUGAGGGAGAGGAGUAUGAGCAGGGGGACAGUACUCAGUCUGCUGGGUCUGGCCUGGCUCCUGGGGGGUCCUGCUCUUCCAGUUUGGCCCCCUGAAGGAGACAGCCUUCUACAUCUUCUGCACUGUCAACUCUCUCCAUGGCCUCUUCCUGUUUCUACGCUAUUGGUCUUUAACUCGGCCAGAGAAAGAAUCUGUCUCCACGGCAACCACUGUAACUUCUUCAAGGGCGAUGCAUCCAGCUGAGGCCAGUCCCUGACUAACAUGGUUAUAUCUUUUACUACUAAUACCACUGCUUCCAUUAUAUUACCACAGAAGCACAAUAUUUAGUAUGUAGGUUUUUAACAUUCCACUACAGGCAAACAUAAGCAUAAAUUAAAGCGUAAUCACAAAAAUAAAAAUGUGUUUCCAGGUUUGCUCGUAAGCUUACUGUGCUCAUAAAACAUUUUUUUUUUUACUUUUCAAUGUUGUGCUGUUUAUUUCACUUUUUUGCUGUGCAUUUUGUUCUAUUCUGUGACACACCUUCCAUGCAUAUUCACUUUUGAUGCGUGUAGUCCGAGGCAAAUAGGCAACAUAUCUAUUAGGUUCAAAUUAUUUCCAUCCCCAUCUCUGAAAAGAAUAAAAUACGUUUGGCUAUCCAAUCUAUCACUCACCAUGGUGCGUGAGGGUAAGAUGGAGCGAUCAACUGUCAAGUGGUGCCUUUCCAUUUCUUUGAUUGUCAUCAAAAAUCCUCUGAAAGAUAAUGUCCUUUUGUAGUCCAUCUGUUACAUUUUGGAUAACUUUGAUUUCUUUGGUUUUUGCAGAAUAGACCUACAGUAUAUAGCCUCCUAGCCUAGGGGAUACCUGAGAUAACAUUAAGCCUAUAUUAGUCAAGUAGAUGGUACCUUAUCAUAACGUAACUAUAUUUGCAGGGAUGUGAAUUGAAUUGUUACAAAUAUUAUUUUUUGGGAUUGUGUAAUUUGUGUAAAUAAUGUAUUUGUGUGUCAUUGCCAGGUGUGUCAUUGCGUAUGCAAGAACAGUGAAGACAAGCAACUCAAAAAGCUGCCCUAUUAAUCUUGUUUAUGGAUAAUACAAAAUAUCCGACCUAGAUAAGCAUUGUUGUUUUCAGUUUUCAGAGUUUUCAGAGUACAAGUGAGUACAAUUUUACUGUAGGCUGUAAACUGCACAGACCAUGUUAUUUGAAUAAUGACGCAAAAGCCCUGGUAUUUGAACGUUUCAUUCCAUUUGGAUCAGUUGUGGGGACUACUCUGGACAGAUUAUAGAAAGGCACAGUAGCAGGCCAGUCUGUAUUUUUUACUUCUGAUACUGAUUAGCUGUCUUUUGCUGAUCAUCAUUCUCCCAAGUCGGCAUUCAGAAAGUAUUUAUACCCCUUGACUUA